AUGAUGUUCCCCAGUGUCAUUGCCCCUUCAGCCAUGUAUCCGGGCCUCCUGCGACCGACCCCAACUCUGACUCUGCCCCAGUCUCUGCAAUCCGCCUUUUCCUCGCACGCAGUCGGGGCCAGUUUCCUGGUGGAGGACUUGCUGAGGAUCAGUCGGCCAAGCGGUUACGUACCCCGCUCUGUGACCCACGGCCUCCCGGGGAACUCCGGCCCGGUGUCACCUGAACAGGUCAGCCUGGGCAGCUCGGGACCGGCCGGGAGCUGUUCCCCGCUCCCUGCCGUUUCUCCUAGAAACGAUUCGAGUCACCUCAAGUUCGGUGUUCACGCUAUCCUUUCGUCAACUCCAAGAACCGAAACGCCCCAUCCGCUGAUGCAGGGACUCUCCAGGCCGAAGACAUUGAGCUUCCCUUACUUUGAAGGCACUUUCCAGCCCUUCCUCCGCUCCUCAUACUUACCAGUUUCUUCCUCAGUGGUGCCUAUCCCUGGGACUUUCUCUUGGUCCCUGGCCACUCGGGGCAAACCCAGGAGAGGGAUGCUACGCCGGGCUGUUUUCUCGGACGUGCAACGGAAAGCUUUGGAAAAGAUGUUUCAGAAACAGAAGUACAUCAGCAAGCCCGACAGACGCAAACUGGCAGCCAAGCUGGGACUGAAAGACUCCCAGGUGAAGAUUUGGUUUCAGAAUAGAAGAAUGAAGUGGAGAAAUUCGAAAGAAAGGGAGCUGCUGUCCGCUGGGGGCUGCCGAGAGCAAACCUUACCCACAAAGUUGAACCCUCACCCUGAUCUCAGCGACGUGGGUAAGAAGUCACCCUGUGGGCACCUCUCCGGGGACGAGGAGGAGACCAGUUACAGGGACAGUCCCAAAUCUUCCAUAUGUCACUCGCCAGGGUACAAGGAUAACAUGGACACACACUUUCACCUGUUAUCACACCAACGCACUGACCCCCACACGUACUUCUCAGAAGAGGAGGACAAAGAGGAGGAAAUAACCGUCUCAUAA